CGCCCACAUUACCACUGCUCCCAGCUGCUCAUGGCAAAGGACCACAAUCACGACCGUCCUAGCUCCGAGUAGCACCCAGGUCCCUUAUGAUCCGGACUUGGACUCCCCUCUGUUAGACUGCCCCUUACUUCUUUUGGCGACCUACAUCCCAUCUGUGCCAUCUCAUGAUCUCGACUGCAAUCCCUCCUCAUCCAACAGAAAUUCCCCCAUCUAUAAGUUCCUUCCCCGAUCAAGACCAAGACUCCCUCAUCUCAUCUUAGAAAUCAAUACCUCCUUCCUGAUUACAAUAGGUCCCUCCAUCUCCACUGUGCACCUCCUGAUGGCGUCCAUCAUGACUCCCCCAUUACAGUCAGACUCCCCCCUCAAGGAACUCUAAUGCCCCCCCCAUAACCCCUUCCAAUCUCUGCCCUCCAAGGUCACGGGGACUCCCAAUAGCCCUUCUUUAACCUGCACCUGCCAGUUUCACUCUGGCAAGAGCAGGUCUCUAUCAGGAGAUUUGGCAUCUGAGACUGCAUGUCUGAGCACCGCCACCCUGCCCCCCACUUAGGUGACUCAGGGUCAGGGCCCGCUCGUGCCUUGAGACAAGGCCCCUCCCCGGACCUGUUCCCACCCCCGGAAUUAUCACCCUUUGGGAGGCGGAAGGCCUGGGUCCCGCCUAGCACUGGUUCAGCACUAGCUCUGCUUGGGCUGAGGCAGUGACCUCCGAAGAGUCCCUUCCCCUCUCCCUGAUGGCAGUUGUCACCUAUUGAAACCCAAUCCUGGGCCGGACACACAGUAGGAGCCCAAUAAGUGAAUAUCAUUAAAUCAACCAAAGAGGGUGAGGGAAGGGAAGGCAAUUUUACAAACAGGGAAGGACUAUCUAUGUCCAUGUUAGAUGCGUUAAAGUGAGCAUCCACGGUGUAUCAGGCCCUGUGCUGACUGCUUUUACCUGUUUGAUUUCAUCCAAUCCCCUCAACAGCCUUUGAGGUGGAUGUGAUUCAAGCCCAUUUUACGUAGGAGUAAAAGUGAGGCCGAGAGAGGGGAAGUACCCCAAGUGUGUUUGACUCCAAAGCUGUGCUCUCAGAGAUGCUCUGUGUCUUUAGCUAUGAAAUGACAGUUCUGUCAAGGUCUCCCGCCACCCAGUCCACUCCAUGAUCCUUGCUUUCCAGUGAUGUUCACUUCUCUCCACUUAACUUUCAGACUUGGCGGAGGAGCGGCCCGGGAGAACUGCGCAGGCGCUUCUCCGAGCCCGGAGCCCCGCCCACAGGGCGCAGUUGUGUGCGUGGAGAAACUCGCCGAGCCCCGCCUAAGCGUCCAUACGCAGGCGCAGGAGAGCGUGCCCCCCGCUUUCGGCUCUGAUUGGUCGCCGCGGGUAAGGGCGGCGCCCAAUGGGAGGUGUGGAUAGUGAGGGGUCUCACACGCCUGGAGCAGAGGGUCUGUGUCAAGAGCGGCGGGGGCUGCAGGAGGCAAGAGAGACGGGUACUGCCUUCCACACAAUGGCAGAGGUGGUGGCUGAGGCAGCUGAAGUGGCUGAGAUGCCAACACAGAUGUCACCAGGGGCAGUGGAAGUGUCAACACCGAUGUUAGGGGAGAAAAUGGAGAUGUUAACGGAGGUGACUGAGAUGACACCUGGGGAGGCCCUUGCCUCAUCCCUCUUCUUCCAGUUCAUGUGCUCUGAAUGUGGCAGCCUCUACAACACACUGGAAGAAGUCCUCUCACACCAGGAGCAGCAUGUGCCCACUGUCACAGAGGAGGAGGCGCUGACCACCCAGGACACUGGCCUGGAGCCGGAGCUGGUGCCAGGCACUGAGGAUGGGCCUUUCCAGUGCGGUGAGUGCAGCCAGCUCAUCCUCUCCCCCAGCGAGCUCCUGGCCCACCAGGAUGCCCACCUGCGGGAGUCUGCAAGCCAGAUCCAGUACCAGUGUGGAGACUGCCAGGAGCUGUUUCCCUCACCUGAGCUGUGGGUGGCUCAUCGGAAGGCCCAGCACCUUUCUGCUGCUGCAGCAGCUAAACCUCCGGUGCCGCCUCCUCUGCCUCCCCUCCCCUCCCCACCUCCACCCCCUGCUCCACCCGAAGUCAGGAUGGAGCCCUAUGAGUGUCCUGAGUGCUCUGCCCUGUGUACCACCCCUGAGGAGUUCUUGGAGCACCAGGGCACCCACUUUGACUCCCUAGAGAAAGAAGAGCGCAACGGGCUAGAGGAGGAGGAGGAGGGUGAGGAUGAAGAAGAUGACGACGAAGAGACAGAGGACGAGGAAGAGGCAGCAGCAGAGGUUGGUGAUGAUGCUAAGGGAGCUGACAAGUCCACAGCCGGCCAGGCCCAGUGCUGUGGGGAUUGUCCUCAACGCUGCACCUCAGCAGGGGCACGCCGGCGACACCGGCGGGCGUCCCGUGGCCCAGCGUCAGCGGCUCACCCCUUCCACUGUAGCCAGUGCCAGCGCAGCUUCAGCUCGGCAAACCGGCUUCUGGCUCACGGGCGGGCCCAUGUUGGUGGCACACACGAAUGUACGACCUGCUCCAAGGUCUUCAAGAAAGCAGCCUCACUGGAGCAGCACCUGCGGCUGCACCGUGGCGAAGCCCGCUACCUCUGCGUGGACUGCGGCCGUGGCUUCAGCACAGAGCUCACGUUGGUGGCCCACCGGCGGGCCCACACCGCCAACCCACUGCACCGCUGCCGCUGCGGCAAAACGUUCAGCAACAUGACCAAGUUCCUCUACCACCGGCGCACUCACGCCGGCAAGAGCGGGGCACCUCCCACGGCGGCGGCGGUGGCGGCCGCCUCCCCGGCUCCUGCCGAGCCCACGCCCCCGCCGCUGCCCCCUGCCCCACCCGCCCAGCUGCCCUGCCCGCAGUGCUCCAAGUCCUUUGCCUCCGCCUCCCGGCUCUCCCGGCACCGGCGCGCGGUCCACGGGCCCCCUGAGCGGCGACACCGCUGCGGUGUCUGUGGCAAGGGCUUCAAGAAGCUGGUUCACGUGCGCAACCAUCUGCGGACGCACACGGGCGAGAGGCCCUUCCAGUGCCAUUCCUGUGGCAAGACUUUUGCUUCUCUGGCCAACCUCAGCCGCCACCAGCUGACCCACACGGGUGUGCGUCCCUACCAGUGCCUGGACUGUGGCAAGCGCUUCACGCAGAGCUCCAACCUGCAGCAGCACCGGAGGCUGCACCUGCGGCCAGUCGCCUUUGCCCGUGCGCCCCGCCUCCCCAUCACCGGUCUCUACAACAAGAGCCCCUACUACUGCGGGACCUGCGGCCGCUGGUUCCGUGCCAUGGCGGGCCUGCGACUGCAUCAGCGGGUCCACGCCCAAGCUCGGACGAUGACACUGCAGCCUCCCAGAUCACCCCCUCCUGCCCCGCCCCCGCCCCCCGAGCCUCAGCAGACUAUCAUGUGCACCGAGCUCGGGGAGACCAUUGCCAUCAUCGAGACGUCCCAGCCACUGGCACUUGUGGACACGCUGCAGCUGUGCCAGGCGGCACUGGGGGCCACUGAAGCGAGCGGGCUGUUGCAGUUGGACACGGCCUUUGUGUGACACAGCUGAAGAGCAACAAUAAAAGAGUUUGGUUGCAGAAUCAAGUGUGGGCACCUCUGGGGAGAAAGGGGGCCACGCCUUGGCAAGCCACUCUGGCGCCCACCGGGUGCCAGCAUUCACCCUGGCCUCUUACCCACUGACUCCUCAGAAUGGCCCCACCAGGCGUCACCUUUCUCUGCCUGAGGGGACGCUGAAGCUCUGAGACACGAUAUGAUCUGUCCCGGUCACCCCACUGCGUUGCAAAGCGGGGUUCUCCAAGGCUCUUUGCUCUGCAUCACCCUGGUGCCCAGCAACAUCAGGUAACCUUUCGUGAGCCCCAGCCGUGUGCCAGCUCUGUGCUGGGCCCUGUCACAUACCUCUUCACGUCCUCUGCUUUUCCCCCCGGCCCUAGCCUUCUCUGGACUCUGGGCUCCCAGGAUUUGGCUCUGCCUGUUGGAAGAAGGCACCUGACUUCUCUGGGCUUCCUUGAUCUCACUUUUGACAACGUGGAGGGCAAUCUAUAGGUACCCCGGUAUUCAGCUGCAGGUGGGUGAUGUUGGAAACCCAGGAAUGAGUCAGACAUGGGCUCUGCCCCAGGAGCCACGCAGUGUGGUAGGAGGAACACCCACAAAUACAGAUGG